UAUUUUUAGAUGUCGCCGAACGUUUGAACCGCCAUAUUAAGACGGAAUCAUAAAAACACACGGCAGUGAUGACAUUAUGAUAAAACUUAUCAUUUUCCUCUCCCUGACUUGUGUUGUUCAGGCAGCACAAGUGUUUAACUGUGAAAGAGAUUGGUUUUUAUAUGAUGAUGCUAGAAAAUGUUACAGAUUUGUUGCCUUUCCACAGAAGAACUAUGCAGAUUCUACAAGGAUGUGUAGGCAAGAUGGAGCCUCUCUCGUGAGCAUAAACUCGGUUGGUGAACAUAACUUUAUUGCACAGCGACUCAGCACGGAUCAGCGCAGAGAUGACUGGUUUACCAGCGGUAGUGUCAGUGCCCGGUCUAAAAGCAUUAUAUGGCGAGGUGACUCGACAUCAUCUUCCACGUUCGAAUUCUGGAUUAACAAGACAAACGCACAGAUGGAAGGACGGACUGUCGUCUACACAUACUCAGGGAAUGCAUAUGGCUGGGGUAUAGCUGAAACAGAUGCUACGCUGUCUUUUAUCUGUGAGAUUGACCAAUCACAAGCGUAUAAAAUCGUUCAAGAGAGUCGAGAUUUUGACUAUGGUUUAGAUACGGUAAAUUUUAAUGAGAUUCCCAGAGGUCCGAAAUUCCUUGUGCAGCCAAUUGAGACUACAAUCCUGGGAGCUACGUCGGCUGUGUAUUUGGAGUGUGUUGCUUUCAGCAUUCCUCAGCCCAGCUACAAGUGGCUGAAGAAAGUUGGGCAGAUCUACACCUACAUAGUUCCCAACGAGAAUUACACGCUGACCAAUGGCCGCUUGACGAUCCAUGAUCCCAAAAAAUCUGCAGAAAGUGACUAUUACUGUGAAGCUAAAAAUGAUGCUGGUCUUAUUAGGAGCAAAACUGUGCAACUUUCGUUUGGUGUGCUUGGAGAGUUCUCUAAUGUGCAGACUGCACCAGUGGAGGCGUGGGAACACAUGGGAUCUCAGCUCCAGUGCCCCAGCAUUAACCACAAGCCAGCUUUGAAAUACCAGUGGUACAAGAACUCGAUUACACAAUUUAUUCGCCCCAGUUACCAGAAGCACAUUUUCAUCUCUGGUCAUGGCAAGCUGUACUUCUCCGAAGUGAACCGGCCUGACGCAGGCACCUAUCACUGUAUUGUUAUUCUCACCACGCUGGGCUCUCUCGGGAACUACAUCGGGUCCUCGCAGUCUCCCAGCAAGACCAGUCUCGGCUUCAAGUUGGUUGUCAAGAACAAAGCUGCGUCCAACUAUCAGCCCAUCAUUCAGGAUGACUUUCCGGCAGUUUUCCCGACACAACCCAAACGUGGAAUGUAUAUCCAGAUAGAAUGCUUUGCUUAUGGAACUGGGCCUCUUACCUACAGUUGGAUACGACACAAUAAAGCAAUGCCGAACACCGCCCGGUUGGUGAAGGGUUCAAACAACCGGAUCCUGGCCAUCGACAAUGUGCAGUUCUAUGACCAGGGAACGUACGAAUGUCGGGUCCAGUCGGGUAGUCUGUCAGACCGAAAAUUAUUUACCCUGCAAAUUCAGUCGGAGCCAUUCUUCACGUACAAUCUAACUGACCAGCACGUGGACGUGGGUUCGAAGCUCAUCUGGUACUGUGAAGCCGACGGGCGCCCGAUCCCCACCUACUCGUGGUACAAGAAUGGACAGCCCAUCACAAAUGUCUCAGGGGUGAUCAGCGCCAGUAGGAACCGGCUCGUUAUUGAGAAGCUCGACAAGGACCGCGACUCGGGCAUGUACCAGUGUGCAGCGACCAACUCACAUGGGACCACAUUGAGUUCGGGACAGAUCAGAGUGCUGGAAUUUAAGCCCAACUUCAGGAAAACCCCUCUUGAGAAGCGUAUCUCAGCAGCCCGAGGUGGAAAUGUCACCAUAGUCUGUAACCCAGAGUCUGCGCCCCAGGCCGAGUAUCAGUGGCUCAAAGAUGGCCGCAGCCUCGGUUUGACCAAGGGUUCGGAAUCAGGCAACCUGCACAUGUUGAUGAAUGGAAAUAUCUACAUAACUGGUCUUCGCAUGUCAGAUGGCGGUCGCUACACCUGCAGAGUGGAAAACCGUCUGGGAAUUAGCGAGGAUUUUGCAACGCUCACGAUUGUUGAUCAGACGCGAAUCACACGCGGCCCCUCACCCACAACUGUGACGAUCAACUCCACAGCAACACUGAUCUGUGAGGCAUCGGUGAACCCAACGAUAGACCUCAUCUACUCAUGGCACUUCAACGACCACGUCAUUGAUGUGGACGAGGAUCCUCAUUAUCGACUGGGUGAUGACGUGUACACCAAGGGCUACCUCUACAUCAUCAACUCUCAGUACCAACACUCUGGAUAUUACACGUGUCACGCCUCCACUGGCCUUGACGUUGUCACAGCAAGUGCAGUACUCACUGUCAUAGGUCCCCCGGGAGAGCCUGCAGGUGUGUUUCCAGAUGCGUCCGGGAGUAACAUCCUGCAGAAGAGGUCGAAGAAGAUCGUCUGGUCCGAUGGCGAUGACCACGGGGCCAACAUCCUCUACUACGAUGUCGAAUUCAACACCAACUUCAAUGAGAAGUGGAGGAUUCUUAAAGAGAGGAUUCUGGUACAGGAUACACUGGACGAACAGCACCCAGAUAAACACAGCACCGUGUUGGAAAAUCUGAAACCUGGUGCCAACUACCGGUUCAGAGUCCGAUCCAUGAACAGAUACGGCAUGGGUCUACCCAGUCUGCCAACAACUGAAAUUCAUAUCCCUGGAGAUCGUCCAUAUGUUGCCCCGGCGAUGGUUUCAGGAGGUGGUGGACGUGUUGGACUUCUCGUCAUAGUCUGGAUGCCCCUGCCACCCGAGGAUGCAAAUGGAAAUGGUGUUGGGUAUCGUGUGUUCUGGAGGAAGAAGCCACUCGGAAUCACAGAAUCACGCUGGAAAGAGAAAGCACUGUUUGGUCAAGACGUGAACACGUACACAGCUCUGGUUGGCAGUGAAAACUACUACAGGGAAUAUGAAGUCCGUGUGCAGGCCUUCAACGAGUUUGGAAGCGGCAACAUGUCACACAUUGCUACCAUCUAUUCAGCGGAAGACUUACCAUACGGAACCCCAAGAAGUGUGCACGUGUUCAGUUUCAACAGCACUGCCAUGAGGGUUGCCUGGAUACCGGUUCCCGACAACCGUGAAUACAUGAAGGGAAGACUGAUUGGAUACAAAGUAAACUACUGGAGGAAGGGUAAAGAGACUGAGAUUCAGGCGGUACAGCAGAUUCUGCAGGGUCAGCGAGAGAGUGGCCUGAUCAUCGGGCUGGAGCCCAACACGUGGUACUCGGUCACAGUACAGGUCUACAACUCGGCUGGCAACGGACCGAAGAGCGAAUUCUUCCACCAGAUCACAGACCGGCGGCCACCUCAGAACUAUCCAACAGAGGUUCACAUAUACUCCUAUAGCAAAGACCGAGUUCGCGUAUCAUUCCGUGGGGUCAGCACACAAGCCUUUGAGGAACCACUGCAAGGUUACAAAGUUAAGUACUGGAGAGUGGGUGAGGACAUUAGGAAGGCUAGGAUUUUCGACUGUAAGAAGUCAUUUGAUUCAAUUCUACCAAACAUUGAGGAGGCCACGGUGUACCAGCUGAGAGUUUAUGGCUACAGUCGCGGUGGCCAGGGCAAGAUGAGUUCACCCGCCACUCUCUUUACAUUAGGUGGAAUGGUCACAAACAUCAUCAACCCUGCAACCACCGACAUCAUCGCACUGGGCUGCUCCACAACGCCAUCCGUUCUGCUCACUAUAGGAUCUGUCAUAGCACUGUGGUCCAUCCAUUAGCAGCAGGUUCAUGUGCAGCAUAAUAAGUCCAAGCUCAUCCUGUAAAGACAUUUAGCAAUUCCAGCUCAUCAUCAUUUUAAUCAAAACUUUUACAUUCCAGUGAAACUGAUUUCACCUACUAAUUUUUAUUAAAUAUGUGGAGAUUUACAAAUCCCUAAUUUAUGUAUGUCAUCCAUUUUUUUAAAUAAUACUGUGAUCAAUUUUGUUUUAAUUAUUAUUUUUUAUUGUUAAACAGAAAAUGUGUUUUCAGAACAAAAAACUGUAUUCUGUCUUUGUAGUAAUGUGCCAUGAAAAAUAUAAUUUAAGCUUUAAGUAUUUGUACCAAUAUAGAACAUAUUCUGACCAUUUUAUACAAAGUUAAUGUUGUAUUGUCUUAAAAUAUGUUUGUAAAUAAAAACAAACUUGAUUUUAUUUUCCUGAUACAGAUACAAUAUAAUGCAUUGUCUUAAAAUAUGUUUGUAAAUGUAAAACAAAACUUGAGUUAAUUUUCCAAACAAAGAUGAAAUUGUCUUGAUUUUUUUAGACUAAUUUAGAGAAGAACAUAUUGUAAAUAAAACAAAACAUUUAUUCUGAAUAUUAAUGAAUAUGAAAUUAUUCUUGAUGACAUGUAGAAUUUCAAUUUGUCUGACAUAAUUAGCAAUAAUUAAUUGUGCCUAUUAUACUGGUAGUAUUUUAUUUACAUUUAUUAAAUUCAGAUCAGUUUGGUUUCUUUAUAUACUAGAAUAACCAUUUAUAAUUUUAGUAAACUAGUUUGUGAACUAUAGUUUUACUAGAUAAUAUAUUCAUAUUGAGAAUAUGGAUGAGAAAAUGUAUUUCAAACUUUUUAUCUGAAUCCACCCCUACCCACAUUUGUUUAGUAUUUUAAAUUGAGUGGUGCAUUAAUUUUGGCUGUAUGUUUAGUAAUAAAGCAAACAUUGAUAGUUAAAAGAUUUAGCUAGUUUGUCUGCCUCUGAUGUCAAGUUUUCAACUUAAGAUGAGUGAAUUUGUACUUUGUUUUAGACUUAUAUUUUAAUAUGCAAAAAAAUCCCUUAAAUUCUUAGUUUUUUAUUGAUUUACAUUGAAAAUAGGAUCUACUGGUAAAUUGAUGUCAUGAACAUGUUUCAUUAUUCCAGUUAAAAUUUUAAACAGCAAUACAUUUGGAUUUAAUUUAACCUUAAAAUAACAUAACAUAACAUAUUUAGAUUUUAAGAAUAUUUUUAAUAUUUGGUUGUGUUUUUAUUUUAUUUUUAUUGUUUAAAAUACUGUUGAUAUUUAGUAGUUCUGCUGUUUUACAUUUGAGGGACUGUAAAGCAGAUUGAACUGGUGAAAUGUAAUGGAAAUUGAUACAUAAAAUCAGUUUAAACCAUCCUUUUAGAAACUUAAUUGGGUCCAUUUACAUUAACACAAUUAUUAUUAUGUAUAUAAUAUGAUGAUGAUCAUCAUCCUUGUAAAUAAGCCAUUUAUUAACAGUCCUAAUUAAUUAUUGUAAUAAAACUGCCAUGAAAUAAUUAGAAUAAUAUUCAUUGCUUUGGUUAUGUAGUCAAUCCAGUUUUCAGUCCCUUUGUUCUUUUUCUUUAUUCACCACCUUUUACCGCUUUUUGCUUUUAUAUAUUGUCUCACUUUUACAAUGUAAACUGUCCUUUGUUUUUUGUUUUAUUUUGUAAUUAUUAUUAAGACUCUAUCAUGUCCCAAGAUUGAGGUAAAUGUUUGUUUUAUUAAGAUAUAUAAUAGGGUAUUGUCUUUUGACCUGUGUAUUAUUUUAUGGUUAGUUGGGUAAGUAAACUGAAAACCCAUUCAUUCAAGUUUCAUAUGUUUUAGGGUUUUGAAAAAUUUUAAUAUUUUUUAAUGUUAAUGAUAAAUAUUGAUAGGGUAACAGGUGACCGAUCAAUUCACAAAGAGUACAAAAAACAACCAGGUUUAUGUGUGGUAGGUUAUAAAAUUUGAUCAAGUCUGAACUAAAGGUAAAGUCAUCUAAGUGAUGGACAAUUGAUCUUGAAAUCUUAAAAAGGAAAGUAUUAACAUUUCAUUUAUACUUAUUUCUGUACAUCUAUCCAGUUAAGGUUGAAGCAUGCUGUCCUGUGCACACACAUCAACUAUUUAGGCUGUCUGUCCGGGACAGUACCCAUUGAGUCGUUAAACUCACUCUGGGUGGGAGCAGGUACUAGGCUGCGAACCCAAUACCUACCAGCCUUGUGUCUCAUAGCUAAAAUACUACACCACCAAGGCCAUAGUUAUUAAGAAAAUAGUAUGAUAGGAUAGUGAUUCAAAAAGCUGUUACUAACAUUUUGAAAUAUUGUCCCCUUUAUUUUGUCAAUUUAUUGAUAGUAUAAAACCUGUCAUGUGACGUUAAUUGUUCCAUACAUUAAUAUUAUCUACCCUCUGUAUGUAUAAAUUAUGUACUGGUAGUUAGCUAGAUGUUAUUGUGGAUUGAUCAGGAUUCACACAUUAAACACUGAUUGUUUUUACAGGGUAUUUAUUUAAAAGUGUAUUUAACAUUUCAUUUAAAAAUAUUAUGAAUAGGUCAAAAUAUAUUCAGGUUUAUAUUUAGGCAACAUUAAACAAAACUAUUCAAUUGUAUUAGCUCUGCAAACUUUUCAAUCUAUAAAAGUGAAAAAAAUUCCAUAUUGAUUUUGUAUAUUUUAUAAUUUUUGUAUACCAUAAUAUAUAAUUAUUGUAUAUGUAGUUUAAUUUUCUUGAGAAAUAAUCCCAAUUUGACCAGUAAUUGGAGGCCAGUUACAUAAACAAAUUAUUUCAUUAAACACCUUGAAGUGUACAAAAUAUCUGGAGCAAAUCUGAAAAACAUUAAGGGACAGAUACUGAAAAGACAUCUUGAAAAUUUAUCACAUCCUAAAAGUGGGAAGCCUGCUAAUUUUACCAUGAACCAUAUUUGCAGUUAGUGAAGGUCUGGUGAUUGGUUUUCUGUUUUGAAUAUACAGAUCUGAGUUGAUAGUAAUAAUAGGUGGUCAUUGCUACUAGAAAAAAAUAUUCUAUGCAACACUUAACAAUAAUGUAAAUUUUUAUUUAUGAAUACUGGUCAUUAUUUCAUAGUUACUUUUAGAAUGAAUAUUAUAAUUACAAUGUCCCAUUUAAAAUGUAUUUUUAAUAACAUGGAUAUCACCAGAAAUGUUUGAAACGGUUCUUUUUCAUAAUAAAUUAGUACAUCUUAUGGCAAAUAUUCCAUUUAUUAUUAAAGGUGUGGAACUUCAAAAAGAACUAAAUAAUUGACCGAGGGUUUUUCGUUUACAGCUCCAAACCCCAAUAGUUAUAGCCUGAAUACCUGUUGGGAAAUAUAGAUUCAUUUUGUUCUAAUAUAGAAAUUAAUAUUUUUUUAAUUCAUAUGAAUAUUAUCAUUUUAAAAGAUACUAUUCAUCUUGUUUGAAAUUGUUUAAAGUGGUCGAAGUAAUCUUACAUUAUAAAUUUUGUUUGACAUUUAAACUUCAAUAAACCUACUACUUGUCAUGGUAUUUAACAGUAUGUAUGUGUAUGUGUGUGUAUAUAUAUAUAUAUAUAUAUAUAUACAUAUAUACAUAUAUACAUAUACAUAUACAUACUGUAUAAUACACAUGCAUACAUAUUGCUGUUUAUAUUUAAUGUUAAAACAGCAACUCUUCUCUUUUUUUUUUAUCUGUCUUGUUAUUUAUGUUAAAAAUAGCCUUAUAUGGCGUAUUAUAACUGCAAAGUUCCCACUGUAUUUUAUUUUAUAAAAUAUAAUUAUUUCUGUUUGAAGAUGCAGAUUUCUGAGAUUAUAUUUUAUACUUCUGCAGGUACUGGUAAGAUUGUAAGUAAUAUUUUUUAUAUUUGAAAUAAAAUUUUAUAUGUUAA